AUGCCAAAAACAAAGUGGCGAUUAAGCCACUCCAGCUUACUACUCUUCAUUGCUCAGAUCACCAUCUCAGAUGCGGUGAAAUGUCACGAUUGUGUCGGAAUGGAUUGUACGGGUUCUUUCUGUAACGGAGACUACUGUAUGAUGUCACAAUAUGCACCACGAUGGGGAAUUCUGCCAUGGGAAGUGUCAGAACUUGUGAAGGGUUGUGUGAACGGAUCAAUGUUGGCGAAAGACAUCCGUGACCACUGUGAGUAUGCAAAUGGUUCUGAUAAGCCGUUCACGUGUUUCUGCAAUGGAGAAGAUUUGUGUAAUACACGUGGAAAACUACGAAAAGUCGAAAAAGAGGAUGUUGAGUUUGUCCAAUGUGUGUGCGACGGAGCGCAUUGUCGGACCGACGAAAAAACGUGUAUUGGAGAAUUUUGCACGUAUGUGAUUAAUCACGCGACAAAACAAGUCGAGAAGGGAUGUACGAAUGCUUCAGUUCCACUCAUUGAACGAAGAGCUAUCGGAUCGUGUAUGACGCCGCCCAUUACCGGAGCCAUGCAUCAUACAGCAAGGCACUUACCAAACCUUCUGCCCCUCGAGUCAUGUAUAUGUGGUACGGAUUACUGUAACACUGCGAAGCCAAUACCUACAGUACCCGAAAAGGAGAAAUGUACUGCAUUCAUAGAGGUGACAACAAUGGGAACAAACAUGAAAUCAAGGAACAUCUCAUGCAGUGGAGAGUACUGUUUUACGGCCACCAUCAAAUCAAAACUCGGAAUAAUGUCGUCGUACCAUACCCUUGGAUGUGCUUCAUUCACAGCGGAAGACCCACUUCCGGAGGAGUUGAAUCCAACCGGAUGCGCCGUGUUUAGCUCCGAAAACGUGGAAGUAGAAACGUGUUUUAAGACCUCUGGUAAGAGCGCUGUAAGCAGAGCGUUGGCCUCGAAGCAGAUUCCUUCUAAAGGGUCCUCAGAGUAA